UUGAUACUCAUGCAUCUUUGGAAAUGUUCGCAGCAGCCACUAAGAACUUUGUGAAGCAGGUGGGAGACACGGGGAGGUUGAUCCCCGUGCCGAGCCUGAGCGAGGCCGACCGCUACCAGCCCCUCAGCCUGGUCAUGAGGAAGAGGAAGAGGCACUUCUGGAAGAAGACCAAGUACGCCUCGACCCCCUUCUCUCUGAAAGACAUCCUGGUAGGGGAGAAAGAGAUAACAGCAGGCGUGUCUUCCUAUCAGCUCCUCAACUACGAGGACAAAUCAGACGUAGCCCUCAACGGUCGAUUAGGAAACCACCUCAUUAACGACGUGGGGUUCAACAUCAGCGGGUCGGACUCCGUGGCCGUCAAAGCCUCCUUCGGCAUCGUGACCAAACACGAGCUGGAGGUGCCCACCUUACUGCGAGAACUCAACUCCAGGAAAGUGGACCUUGAUCACUGCCUGGUCCGUCAGUCCAAGGACAGUGGACGCAGCAUACUUUGUGUUGUUGUUGAGAGCAUCCGGACCACACGUCAGUGCUCUUUGACUGUCCACGCAGGGAUGAGAGGCACUACAAUGAGGUUUCAGAUCGACGAUGGUAGAAAUCCAAAGGGUCGAGACAAGGCCAUCGUCAUCCCGGCUCACACCACCAUUGCCUUCAGCAUCUGUGAGCUGUUCGUUCGACUGGACGGGCGCCUCGAUAUUUGUGUAGCUCCAGAGUCUCAGGGAGGGUUUGAGCGUGAGCAGACCUCAACUUUUGCCACAAUUUUGCCAUUUUUAAUUUUUACAUUUCCUCUAGAAAACCGGACAUUUGAGGAGCUUACCCACUCCGACACCUACAUGGAUGACAUGGUGACCGACUACUACGAGAAAGCCACCAGCAUGACAGAUGUCUCCACGGCCUACCUGAGGGAAAGCUCUCACACACGGGUCAACCUUCUCAAACACAACAUCCCAAAGGGUCCCUGUGCACUCUGCGGCAUGGGAAACCAGAAGAGGGAGACUGUUUACGGCUGUGUGGAGUGCUCGACCGGCGGACAGAAAUACGUUCGCCUACAUGUAGUGCCUUGUUUUGACCUCUGGCACAAAACGCUGAGGUGAAGAAAAGAAGUGAUGAGAAACUUAACUUUUUUGGUGCAAGAUACUAAAAGUGUAAGUGUUUACCAAGCUGUUUUAUGAGAUGUGUCUUUAAAAUAAAAGUCAUGAAAACUGGACUUAGUAUUGAACCACUACACCUCAGCCAACACCUAACUG